AUGGGUCGACUUCUUAAUGAGGUAGGUCCUAUCCUCGGCGCCAAUGACAGUAUGGAUGUCGUCGAAGUGAGUGGCAAACCACCCGCCGACGGCGUCCAUAAGGUCAAAGAACGGUCGAGGGUAGUGACAAGCGAACGCUCUUGUCAGCUGGCUCGCUACAAGAGUUGUUCUGCCCCAAGGAUGGGCGACCAUUUUCUCUACGACGCCAAUCGGUCGACCAUCGACCGACACGUCGAUGCCCUUGUGGACCAACUAGGCAAAAGCGACCGCCGAUAUGAUGUCGCGAACAGGUGUAGGACAAGUGCAUCGAUGGAAGUGCUGCAGGCCGUAAUCUCAGGGCUGGAUGCCGAUGGCAUCCAAAAAUCAAAGAACUACACCACGUCGGACCCCAGAGAACUUCUGGUCAUAGAUCUCAUCAAUAUCUCCCCUCCUCCCAGCAUCACCUUGGACUGUGGGCAGCAUUGGCGCGCUGCCGUGCUCAGAAUGAACCAGCGGCCUAUCAACUCCAUCACCGGGUUGUUCAAGAAAGAUGGCUUUCUCGAGGACAACCGGUCCACGAUGUGGCCUGUGGAGUUUUUUUACUCCACGGAGUUCUUGGACCAGCACCCAUUGACCUGCACUCGACUCCGAUAUAACGACGCUACUGCUAAACAGAGCAGCUCGUUUGGAGAUGACUUCGCCACCAUCCACCGAGUGUGGAGGCACCUGGACAGUCCAAGGAAAGCCAGCAUCCUCUCAAGCCAAAAGCAAUUUGUCGACUUUUUGAGUCACCUCCUGCCCGGAAGCUCGGCUCCUACUAGCUGGCUACCCUUGUUGAAGCAUGAUAGCUGGCGCCUAAAAAACCAUGUGCCCCAAUAG